GUUAUGGCUCUUUUCAACAAACUUUUCAAUGGACUUAGAAACACACCACGGAGUAGCCAGGACGAGAGUAACGUCAGGCAGAAAGUGCCCGAAUUCACUGCAAAAGAAAUUCGACUUGUGCUGUUUCGAGAAUGCGAUUUCAGGGGAAGAAAACUGUUGUUUGAUUCUGAUGUUACUGAGAAAAUUCCUAUGGAAAAAGCGCCAGCGGAGCAGAAAUUUGUGGAAGUUUCUAAUAACUAUGGAUAUGUAGUUAAUUCCAAGCAAAUUAGUGAUUAUCAGCAUUUAUCAGAAAUGAUAUUCGGUUCUGUAGCAAUGAGUUUCCGAGGUACUUAUCUAAAGAUUCACAGUCUUAAUGACCCUCGUCGAUUAAUGUUCACACAGGUUUUUCCAACCCCGGAGGGAAGACAAAAGAAGUCUUCAACGUCAAGCAAUCAGUCCCAUUUAUCAACUCAAAGUAGUUUCGAUCAUUCCAUUAAAUUAGAUGAUUCAGGAGCGAAUAGUGCCUUUUCUACUAGCGAUCAACUGUCGGAUAGAAGUACGGCAUCGGACACUAUUUUAGUUUGCCGUAGAUUAUCCAGUAAUCCUUUAGAUGUGCCAGGAGUGAUGCCAAGUUUUUCAAGAAAUAGUUUAGUAGUUGAUUCUGGUUGUGCUAGUGGCUCAUUUGCAAGCAUAAGUACUGGCCCUCCGAAUUUUCCCACAUGGGAAUCCGUAUUCUCAAAUAAAGAUCUUUCUACACUUUCGUUUUCGUCGAGUGGAGUUUUCAAGAGAAUACUUAGAAGCUCAACGUGUUCACUACAAACUAGUUCAAUAUCAUUACCAAAUUCCACCGAAGUGCUGCAUAAAUCCCAUAAUAAGGGAAGCAAAUUGGGGUUUACUAUUAUUGUUGAAAUUUCACCUGAAAAGGAAAGGUUGCUUACCCAGUUUUUUAUGGAGCACAUCGCUCUUCUUGAAGCAUUAAUCUGGCGUACUCACCGAUCAAUAGCCAUAGCCUACCAUUGCCGAACCUCCUUCAUCUCCCUAAUGAUGGAUAUUGCUUGUAAUACUGCAACUUGGUUAGUGAAUCUUUUAAAUGCACCCAGCAUAGUGACCAACUUAUGGCAUUGUCUUUCGUUUGGCUGUGAUGAUUAUUCUAAAAUAAGUCCAUUUAAAUUGGCACUAAGUGAUGAAAGUGUUGAUUUACUAAGGACGUCGCGGCAAACAUCGGCUAGUGUAAAUAGUGAAAGUGUUCUUCGAGGUUUGCAAUUUUCAGAGUCUGUUAGUGGUGUGCGUGUUCCCAGUAGAAAUGAUGUGCCGAGUUUUAAUUUUAAUACUUGUUCGAAGACUGAUUUAGCUGUAAAUAACCAUUGCAACUUAGAUGCAGACGAAUUAAGUGAAAAGUUCCUUAAGGAAUUCUGCGAAUUAGUUGAAGGAGUUGACGUCAAAGAAACUAAUUUUUUUGUCAGCACUUUACUAACUGCUGUUCUUACACACCAUCUGGGAUGGGUUGCAACAGUUCUCCCUCAAUCUAAUCUGGAUGCUGAGCAAAUUCGCGUUUUUCAACAGCCAUAUAAUGCGUUAUGGAGCCAACUAUCUGAUUUAUAUGGGGCAAUAGGCCAUCCCUUGAAAACUUCCCAAACUGUGAUAACUGGAAGUAACAAAAACAAUAUUAUUUCCAAACUGCUAAACUCUCUCACUUACUUUAUACGAUUUGGGAACAUAGAAAGAAAAAAUGUUUGUAGAUCGUCCGUAGAAACCGAGAAUCAAGUGGCGGGUUUAAUUUGCAUAAAGCACGAUUGCAUUCCGAAAGAAAACUAUAAGAAAUAUGAAGAUCACUUAAAAGAGUUAUUGAUUCUGGAACCUCCAAUAUCAAGUUGCAGUAAUAUUCAACCGAGUUUCGAUGUUUUCUCUAAACAUGACCAGGAAAGGAAAAUUAGUUUGAUGCCGCCAAAGGGACUGAACAAAGUAAAAUCUAUGCAAGGUCUAGACGAUCUGCAGCACCAUUCAACAAGAGCCACUAAAUCAAUCGGUUUAUCGCGAGUACCAUCGACUUUACAACAGUGUUUGGCAAAGCCAAUGGACGUUUCUUCAGAGUAUAUCGCAAAAUUACCAAAAAGUUCUGAUGGAACUCAAAGUAGCAAAGCUAAAACAAAACCAAUUUCGAAAUGCAGCAAUUUCAACGACUUACUUAAAUUGGAGGAAAAGACUGAAUUAGAAAUGCCCUCUACUGGGAAUUCUAUUGAAGGGUAUGAUGAUCCGAAUAGUGUUAUAUUCGUUUUGGGCGAUAAUGAAGAACUAGUUGGACUGAGGAUGGAUGAACGCUUUUCGGCCGGCUCUUCUAAUCAAGCCAAAGUACCUGAACAGGUUGCAUCAGGAGCGAAAAGAAAAAUUUCAGUAGGCCUAUCGAAACUAGUUUCAAUACCCACAAAUAAACCAACUGAACCAUUAACAGAUCCGAAUUGCCAAAGUUGUUUGUUGCAAAGUUCCUCGUAUGAAGCAUUAUACUUAGAGAACGAAGUACAUUCCAAGGCUCCACUUUUGUUACACGCCAGAGCUCAGAGCGAACCACCAGAAGUUAGAAAAAGUACACCUGCAAAAUACCAAUACAGUAGGGUAAAGUUCAAUCUUCAACAAUACCCGCAAGUGGUGAGGAAUUAUAUGAAAAGCAAAAACAUAGAGCUGGAAGGGCUGAGUUUGGGCGAAAAGGUUUUUGACAAGUUUGCUACUGUUCAAAACAACAUCAAGUUGGAUUUAUCCGGCUAUGAGAGCGACGCUGAAGAAGUGGAAGCCUUGCAAACACCUUCUAAUGCUUCGGAAUUGGAGUUCUCUCCUGAUAUGGGAUCUCGAGAUGAACAGGAAUUGACUACCGAGCCGACUAUUUCGAGCAAUUUAAUGAAACUUGUCAACAUUCCUAUGCCAAAGUCACUGAUUAAUAGUAUUCCGGAUUGUUCAAUACCGUACAGAACGACGGUUAUUAAGGGUCUUGUAGACACAUACAUACCAGAUAUGGUUCUGCAAGGCACCACAGAUCCUAAACACAAGUGGCAUUCGGAACUUAGAAAUAAUCUUGCCAUGAAUUCUCAACAUUCCCUACUGGACCAACCGGUUGAUGAGGCUCUGGCGAUUGUUGCUGAUACAGACACAUGGGAAGUUCAGGUGAUAUCCAGCCAUACUUACGUUAUUGAUAAAGAGGUGAAUGGUGUGAGGGCAGUAAUGUCUCAGUUGGUUGCCAACAUGCUGGAGUCUCUUCUGCAAAUGUGGAAACUGCAAAUUCCACCCAAACAUUGUAUACAGCAUAUUGAACAAAGCCUUCAACAACUGUGCCUUCGAUCUAAAGCUCUAGCGCAGAUGUUGAUAGCUAGUGAAUUCUGUAACAUAGAGCUGUUGGCUUCUACUCUUCAGAUUGAGGUUAACGACGUUCCAUUAAUGAUGGCAGUGGCUUCAACAUAUUCGCCAGAAGUUACGCACAAAUACGGGCUUAGUUUUCAGUAAAGUACAAAACUAUUAAUUUAUGGUAAUAUCAUCUUCACUCUUCAGUUUUUCAUUAGAUGUUUCACGUGUUUUCCGUUUCAUUUGUAAUGUAUUGCAAGAUAACAGUUUAAUAUGGGAUCUUUUAUUGCUGGCUUUUUAGACGAUUGUGUGAAAGCCUGUAUUCGGUGAAUGUCGCUUACACCGCCUAAAUCAUCUAUAUUUUUCAUCAAAUGGCAUUCGUACCUAGGCUAAUUAAGAUAAGUUUCUUGCUAUAAAGCUUAUAUAAAGGAACAAAAAAUAAUUGUUACUUUUUAAUGGCAUUCUUUAGUUAAGCUUGUGACUAAAGAGAAAACCGGUUUUGAGCGAUAUUGGCCAUAGUGAUAAUUUCUUAGAUUUUUUACUUUUUUUUAUUAGUAUGUUAUGUUGAUUUUUGUAUAUUACAGUUAAUUAUUAACUUGUUGUGAAAUAUAUUGGUAUAUUAUGGUUAUUGCUAUUUAAGUUAUAUUUAAGUAUCUUGUUUUUAUUUUUUUUAUGAAGUGAUAAAGUAUUUUUUUGUUUUUUUUUUCUGUUGUUUUAUUUGGUUUAGUUGACAUCGAAUAUCUUAUGAAUUUUCCGUUAAUCAGAGAAUAAAUGAGUCUUUGUUGUCUG